AUGGCAGGCCAAAUUCACGGGUUAUGGGUACAUUUGCCGUUGUUGGUUAGAGCCAAUUCUAAGGAUUCUGUAGAAUAUAUUCUCCAAGCCCUUUGGCGCACCCGCAAAACAGGUCUUGACGCUGCUGACCGCCAAAUCUUCCGCCAGAUGCUCCAGCUUGAGAAUGAUUCUGAACUCGACCCGCUUUUGGUGUGCCUCCGGAUUAUAAUUCGGAGAUGUGUUUAUGAGGGCUUCGACAAAGAGGACAUUCACAAGUUGUUUCCUUCUGAGGUCCUGCCUGAACUGCAGAGAUUAUUGACCCUUCUUUUGCAAAAGUUUCAUAAAGAGUGGCAAGAAGACGUGCUUAAGGAUCAGGUCCUAUUAGAGACUGUAGUUACAAAAUCCAAAUUAGGCUUGGAGACCUCAACAACAGUUAGGUUGAUGCAGUUUGAGCUUCUUGAAGACGCUGGACAAGAUGUGUUCUUGUCAGCAUGUGCCAUCAGAAGACUUAAAUGGGAUUAA